GGAAAGAAGACUUCUACAAUCUACACCGAGUCGCUGCAUUUGUUUUCUCUGGAUUUUCCACAGAACUCUCUCACCGACCAAACAGAUUCUCGUCUUCCUCCGCAAAAAUCAAUGGCGACCUCGUUGUUCUCCUCCCUGGCCGCUAAGCGAACCCUCUUCCUCCUCGCCGCCAUCUGUCUCCUGCUAGCACCUACCGCUCGCGCCACUGAUGUCAAGUACUGCGAUGCCAAAGCCAACUAUGCUGUGAAGGUUGAAGGAAUCAAAAUCACUCCUGAUCCUGUGAUUGCUGGCAAGCAGGCUACUUUCGCGAUCUCAGCUUCCACUGCUGAGGCUAUCUCUGGUGGGGAAGUGUUGCUUGAGGUUUACCUGUUUGGCUUCUCAGUCCAUUCCGAGACUAGAGACCUCUGCGAGGAUAUCGCGUGCCCUAUUCCUGCUGGCGACUUCCUGCUCUCCCACUCCCAAAGUUUGCCCGGAUUUACUCCACCAGGCUCCUACAAUCUGAAGAUGACGAUAAAGAACAGUAAGCAGCAACAGCUGACUUGUGUCAGCUUCGAUUUCAGCGUCAGCUGGUGGGCUUUGGUCGCCGACUACUGAGUUCCAGUUCGACGGCCAACCUUGAAUUUGAUGCAUAGAUGGCGCUCCAUGUCUCGAUCUGGACUUGACUUUUUAUGAGCCAAAUGUGAUCUCUUUCAGGAGAGGCUUUCAUGUGUUUGUUUAUAAGACGAGAUAGUUAACGAUGCAACUGUUUUAUGUUAAAGCACCUGUGAAUGUUCGUGUUCGUUCUGUGUUUGUACCUUAGACGAAGAAUUAGUGUUCCACUAGUAGCUCUAUAUGCGUUCGAAUUAUGUGUAUCCAGACCUUCCCUGCAAAUCUACAACCAUACAUGGGUGACUGGUCCAAUGGAUGUGUGUUUUCUUAAGUAGAUUGUUGAUGUCGGUAUCUAUGGAUUUGAAAUCGAAUCGAUGAUCGAUUUCACAAAUCCGCAAGAGAAGUAUUUGGUUUAACUCAAAUCCGUGAGACUCAUGAAUUUUAAGUUGAUGAAAUCGAGAAUAUAAUGAAUGUGGCCAAUUCUUGUUCAUAAGAAA